AUGCACCUGCCCGGCUGCGAGGCCGCGGCCGAUGAUCAGGACCCGUCGUCGCAAGUAGUAAAAGGCAGCAGGAAAAACUCCGGAAACAGACCGAAAACCCACGACCGGAUCCGCUCCUACAAGUUCGUUGCACCUUCCUUUGCAGACACGGGCGGGCGGGCACUGGUAGGCGGGCGACGAGAGGCUUUCCCUCACAGGCAGCCGCGCGCAGCACGCAGAAACAAACGCACGCGGCCAUUUCCCUCAUCCCCCCGCUCGGUUUCCGCACGUGUUCCACGCCCCGGCGCUGCCCGUAGAAAUAGACCUCCCCCUCCCCCUCCCCUCGCCAGAUGCCCAGAUCGCACCAUCAUAAUUCCCAUCCGCUUCUUCCUGCAAUUCCAUCCUCUCAGACUCCACAGCGGGAGACGCAAAGCAGACCGAAUUCCAUCCAACCAUGGUCAUGACGAUGACGAAGCAGCUGAGGCGCGUGCGCACGCUGGGCCGCGGCGCGUCGGGCGCCGUGGUGUGGCUGGCCUCCGACGAGGCCUCGGGCGAGCUGCUAGCCGUCAAGUCGGCGUGCGCCGCGGGGGCCGCGGCGCAGCUGCAGCGCGAGGGCCGCGUCCUGCAGGGCCUGUCCUCGCCGCACAUCGUGCCCUGCCUGGGCUCCUCCCGCGCCGCGGCGGGCGGCGAGUACCAGCUCUUCCUCGAGUUCGCGCCCGGCGGGUCGCUCGCCGACGAGGCCGCCAGGAGGAGCGGGGCCGCCUGGCCGAGCGCGACAUCCGCGCCUACGCCGGGGACGUGGCGCGCGCGCUGGCGUACCUCCACGGCCUGUCGCUUGUGCACGGGGACGUCAAGGCCAGGAACGUGGUGAUCGGCGGCGACGGUCGCGCCAGGCUCACCGACUUCGGGUGCGCGAGGACUGUUUCGUCGACGCGCCCCAUCGGGGGCACACCGGCGUUCAUGGCGCCCGAGGUGGCGCGCGGGCAGGAGCAGGGACCCGCCGCCGACGUCUGGGCGCUCGGGUGCAUGGUCAUCGAGAUGGCCACGGGGCGCGCGCCAUGGAGCGACAUGGACGACCUCCUCGCCGCGAUCCACCAGAUCGGGUACACGGACGCCGUGCCGGAGGUGCCCGCGUGGCUGUCGGCGGAGGCCAAGGACUUCCUGGCCGGCUGCUUCGAGAGGCACGCCAGCGCCCGGUCCACGGCCGCGCAGCUCGUGGUGCACCCGUUCGUCGCCUCCGCCGCCAGCGACUUGGACGCGCAGCCGGCGAAGCAGCAGGAUUUCCCGUCGUUCCCGUCCCCAAAGAGCACCCUGCACGACGCGUUCUGGGACUCGGACACCGAGGACGACGAAGCGGACGAUAUGUCGACGGGCGCGGCCGAGAGGAUCGGGGCAUUGGCGUGCGCCGCCUCCGCGCUGCCAGACUGGGACUCCGAGGAAGGCUGGAUCGACCUCCAGGACGACCGCUCGGAAACCGUCGACGCACCACCGGCGGCGACGGAGGCGGCGGCUGCCGUUGCGGACUACUUCGUCUGGGCGGAGCCGUCAGAUGCAGCAGAGCUGGAGCACCAAUUCGCCGCCGCCGCAGAUGUCAGUGUCCAUCUACAUCUGCCGCCGCACAUUACAGGAGUGGUGGUAGCCGGUGCCACCACCAUUAGCCAGGGCAGUUACUUGUCCAUGCAUUUAGGCGUCCACGAAAAGGAAAUCCCACGCCCGCUCGAUCAUGAUGACGACGGGGUAGAAAAGGUGGAAUCCCACCGCGCUUGUAACAGAAACAGAGUAACAACAACAAUGAAACGAAUUUCGUUAAAAAAAAUUCCUUCUCGAGAUCACCUGGUUGGCACGGGCGCACGGCCCGUACAUCAUCAUGUGCUUAUACCUCUAAGCCUAACGUGCGAGCACCGGACAGCUGGAAAGAAGUCGAUUUCGUUAAGCACCACACCACUGACGCCGCCGAGGCCAACUUCGUCACGGUCGAACUCGUGCGCCGACGGCAAUCCGAGCGUAGCGUAG